ACAUGCGCUCGCAUAUAAGACACAAGUCGGGGGGAGAGAGCGUAAAGAUUAUUUCCCUCGCUUUGUAGCCUCACCACAAGAAGACUAAAGAACAAGAGACGGACUUGAGCUAUAAAUUGCAUUGUAAUUAUGGCACAGAAGGAAAAGUUGCAGUGUCUCAAAGAUUUCCAUAAGGACACGCUGAAGCCGUCUCCCGGUAAGAGUCCCGGCACACGUCCCGAAGACGAGGCGGAGGGCAAAGCACCACAGCGGGAGAAAUGGGCCAGCAAGCUGGAUUUCGUGCUCUCUGUGGCCGGAGGUUUCGUCGGAUUAGGCAACGUUUGGCGUUUCCCGUACCUCUGCUACAAGAAUGGCGGAGGUGCAUUUCUCAUCCCCUACUUCAUAUUUCUGUUUGGUGGAGGUUUGCCCGUCUUCUUUCUGGAGGUGGCACUUGGCCAGUUCACCUCUGAGGGAGGAAUCACCUGCUGGGGGAAACUCUGCCCCAUUUUCACUGGAAUCGGCUACGCCUCGAUCAUGAUCGUGUCUCUGCUGAACAUCUACUACAUCGUGAUCCUGGCGUGGGGUCUGUACUACCUGCUGCAGUGUUUCCAGCACGAGCUGCCCUGGGCUCGCUGCAGGCACAGCUGGAACACCGCAAACUGCGUGGAGGACACCGUCCGCAAGAACAAAACCCUCUGGCUCUCCACCAACGCAGCCAACCUCACCUCGCCGGUCACCGAAUUCUGGGAGAGGAAUGUCCUCAGCAUCUCUUCGGGGAUCGACGAGGUCGGCAGUCUGAAGUGGGAGCUGGCGCUGUGCCUGCUGGCCGUCUGGAUCAUCUGCUUCUUCUGCAUCUGGAAAGGAGUCAAAUCCACCGGCAAGGUGGUCUAUUUCACAGCGACGUUUCCUUUCCUCAUGCUGAUUGUGCUGCUGGUUCGCGGUGUGACUCUGCCUGGUGCUGCCGAGGGCAUCAAGUUUUACCUUUACCCCGAUCUGACCCGCCUAAAAGAUCCCGAGGUGUGGAUUGAUGCAGGCACUCAGAUCUUUUUCUCUUAUGCUAUUUGUCUUGGUGCAAUGACAUCACUGGGAAGCUACAACAAGUACAAGUAUAACUGUUACAGGGACUGCAUGCUGCUCGGAUGCCUGAACAGCGGUACCAGUUUUGUGUCAGGCUUUGCCAUCUUCUCUGUCCUGGGGUUCAUGGCUCAGGAGCAGGGCGUGGCCAUCGUCGAUGUGGCCGAAUCAGGUAAUGCUCAGGGUCAAAGUAUUACAGUUAGUCCGUCUGAAACAGUGAUUCUUAUAUAUUUUUUCACACUGGUACUUCUUGAAUCAGUUCCAUCGCAUGUGUGUUUUUUCUGCCAUCAGUUUGUAGAAGUGGAGGGUCAGAUCACCUCUCUGGUGGACCUGUACCCAUCCCUCCUAAGGAAGGGAUACCGGAGAGAAAUCUUCAUCGCUGUGAUCUGCGUCAUCAGUUACCUGCUGGGACUCACCAUGGUCACUAAAGGUGGCAUGUACGUCUUCCAGCUGUUUGACUACUACGCCGCCAGCGGUGUGUGCCUUCUCUGGGUUGCAUUCUUUGAAUGUGUUGCAGUAGCCUGGGUUUACGGGGCUGAUAAUUUCUACGAUGCUAUAGAGGACAUGAUCGGCUACAGACCCAACAGCUGGAUGAAAUGGAGCUGGAUGCUGAUCACACCCGUCCUUUGUGUUGGUUGUUUUGUCUUUUCAUUGGUGAAAUACAAGCCGCUCACCUAUAACAAGUUUUACGAGUAUCCUGAUUGGUCCAUUGGAUUGGGUUGGGCUCUUGCGCUGGCUUCUAUGAUUUGCAUCCCAAUGAUGGUCGUCAUCAAAAUCAUCCAAUCAGACGGCUCCCUGAUAGAGCGGAUCAAAGCCGUGGCGGCGCCGGUUAAAGGAGGCGCAAGCUCUCGUCCGAAGGAGUACAGCCAGAAGAACAGCGAGCUGCUUCACCCACUGGACCCCAACGGCAUCCACACCUUCACCAAACACAGCCACACCAUCAUAGAAACUACUAUGUGAGGCUCUCUAAGAGAGAUUCCCAUAUUCUCCCGCUCCUGUCCUCUAUAUGGGAGAUCCUGUUUUCCUGUUGUCCCGCUCCCUUCCCCUCCAUUCCUCUCUCUCGCUCUGCACUAGUGCGUUUUUAUGAAAUGAUUGUAGGAUUUGUAUUCUGAUUGUAAUCAAUGGUAUUAGCAUUAAUGCUGAUAUUGUAAUAACCUGAUGUGAGCUUGCUGUCUGGGGCGGUUUGUUUAAUCUGUAGUGUUUCACAUUAAGCUAUGUCCUAACCAGGAACGACAGGAUUUACCGCUCAUCGCAUUAUGAUUUCUUUCAUAUUUUGGAAUUUUGGUCCUACAGAGCCACAAUGAGACAUUUUGCUUUCUAUUUUGGUCCUGUCAAUCUGAAUAGCCCCGCCAACAACAAAAAUUGUCUUA